GCCGCCUCGGACAACGCCAGCCGCCACGCCCCCGGAGCGCCGCCCAUCUCCGUCGUGGAGGCCGUCGGCUACCUCGCGGGCGGCUUCGUCAGGGACAAGGAGCACGACCCCUUCGCCCGCCACGCCUUCAACGCCCGCGCCUCCAACGCCUCCCCAACGACAGGAGGCUGCCCGACACCAGGGACGAAGCGGCAACCAUAA